AUGAUCGAAAGCGUUCAUUUGAUGGACGUAAAUUUGAUGGACCCUGAAAGUCUACCCUCCGGUCUUAGAGCAUGUGCAGCAAUAGAGAGCCACGUGCAAACGCAACUGCAAUGUCCAUCUCCAGUUCUUGAUACAAGUGUUGCUACUCAAAGUAACGUGCUACAGUUUCGGUGUCCAUCUCUAGUACCUUCAACGAGUUUUGCGAUUGAGGGCGACGUAGUGCAGGUAUCAUCUUCAAGCUAUUCUCUGGUUUCUGGCAUAAGUACUGCUACAAAUUGCGCUGUGCAGAUGCAAUUUGUUGCUCAAAAUUGCAAUUGA